AUGGAUCUGGGAGCCUCAGGAAAUGGUUCAGUUGUCACUGAGUUUGUCCUGCUGGGCUUAACAGAGACUCCAGCUCUCCAGCCCAUCCUCUUCACCAUCUUCCUUCUCGCUUAUGCAGCUACUGUUGGUGGCAACCUCAGCAUCCUGGCUGCCAUCCUCACUGAACCCAAGCUCCACACCCCCAUGUACUUUUUCCUGGGGAUCUUGUCCUUGCUGGAUGUGGGGUGCAUCAAUGUCACUGUCCCUGCCAUGCUGAGGCAUCUCCUGUCCAAGAACAGAAGCAUUCCUUAUAAGGCCUGCCUCACGCAGCUCUUCUUCUUCCACCUGCUGGCUGGCAUGGACUGCUUCCUGCUGACAGCCAUGGCCUAUGACCGCUACCUGGCCAUCUGCCAGCCCCUCACCUACAGCACACGCAUGAGCCGGGGCAUCCAGCAAUCCCUGGCGGUCAUGUCAUGUGUCUUUUCCUUCACCAAUGCACUGACCCAAACAGUUGCCUUAGCUACUCUGACAUUCUGCGGUCCCAAUGUGAUCAAUCACUUCUACUGCGACCUGCCCCAGCUCUUCCAGCUCUCCUGCUCCAGCACGCGCCUCAAUGAGAAGCUGCUCUUCGUAGCAGCAGCCUUCAUGGGUGUGGCUCCCUUGGGCCUCAUCUCUGUGUCCUAUACACACGUGGCAGCCGCGGUCCUGCGCAUCCGCUCCGCCGAGGGCAGGAAGAAAGCCUUCUCCACGUGCGGCUCCCACCUCACGGUGGUGGGCAUCUUCUACGGGACAGGCGUCUUCAGCUACAUGCGGCUGGGCUCAGUGGAGGCUUCAGACAAGGACAAGGGGAUUGGCAUCCUCAACACCAUCGUCAGCCCCAUGCUGAACCCGCUCAUCUACAGCCUCCGGAACCCUGACGUGCAGGGCGCCCUGCGGCGGGUGCUCACGGGGAGGCGAGACCCCGAGUGA